GCUUUAAAAAGAUGUUUUGGAAAACGCUCGCUCGUUUUAAACUUCUCUGCACGAGGCUCGUAACAAAACAAAAAAGAAAAAGAGCCAUAGUGACGACGCGGGGACUCGCCGCUCGUCGGGGAUCGUUGGAUUCUACAUCUUGAAUGUGUCUCCGUUCACCUUUGACCUUUAAUUUAAGUGCUAAUGAGACCGACCGACAGCCGGUCGCAGGUUGUACGGUGUUGUUUACCCCGAUCGGCCGUGUUGCCCCUCUCCGGACUCAACAGAUGAACGAGGAGACGGAUAAUGACGGCUCGUAUCCGUCGGAGGAGGAAGAGGAAGAGCCGGACGAAGACGAGGCCACGCAACGUGUCAUCGAACAGAGUCUGCUUGAAUACAGGAAGCUCAAAGGCUUGAACCCGAGCAACCGGACCGCCGGGGAAGACCCCGACGACAUCUUCAAGGCGAUCGAGGAGGGGGACGAGGACGCGCUGAGCCGGCUGGCGGCGCAGACGGAGCGCCUGUCCAGGGUGGACGGACGGGGGUGGAUCCCGCUGCACGAGGCCUCGGCGCACCGCAGCAGGAGGAUCCUCGAGAUCACCUUCUCGGCGUCGCCCCCGGGUGCCGCCCAGUGUCGCACCCUGAAGGGCGAGACGCCGCUGUUCCUGGCCGUGGUUCACGGCCUCCGGGAGAACGCCACGUUCCUGCUGCAGAACGCCUGCAGCCCGGAUCUCCAGAACGACGAGCAGGACUCUCCGUUGGUGGCAGCUAUUCUGAACGACCAGUACGACUUGGCCACGCUGCUGCUGCGCCACGGGGCCGAAGUGGAUCAGACGGGACCGCUGGGCAGGACCGCGCUGCACGAGUCCGCCUUUCUAGGCCUGGAGAACUUCGUGUAUCUGCUCCUGGACUCCGGCGCCGACCCGAACGCACGCGACGUGACAAAGAAGACGCCGCUGGCUCUGGCUGCGCAGAACGGACACGUGGGCGUGGCGGAGGUCCUGUUGGAAAAAGGAGCCCGUGUGCGGUGUGACUCGGAGUCCGGCAGCCUCCUGUUCGACGCGGCGGCCUCGGGGAACCCCGACGUGGUCGCCCUGCUGCUGGACCACGGAGCCGACCCCAACGCGCCUCUGAGCGGCGGGCACCUGCCGCUCCACCGCGUGGCCUACCACGGACACAUCCUGGCCCUGGAGCGCCUCAUCCCGGUCACCGAGCUGGACGCCGUGAAGCAAAGCGGGAUGAGCCCCCUCCACUCCGCCGCCGCGGGGGGCCACGCCCACUGCGUGGAGGCGCUCCUCAAAGCCGGCCACGAUCCCAACUUCAUGCUGCACCCGAGGGUGCGCCGCGGCUACGCCGACGGGCGCAGGUCGGCCCUCUUCUUCGCCGUGUCCAACGACGACCUCCGGUGCGCCCGCCUGCUGCUGGAGGCCGGCGCCAUGGUCAACCAGGACCCCGUCAGCUGCCUGCAGGUGGCCCUCCGGCAGGGCAACUACGAGCUCGUCAACCGCCUGCUGAGGGCCGGGGCCAACGUCAACUACUACUCCCGCGUCAACACCAGCCACUUCCCCUCGGCGCUGCAGCACGCCCUGAGCGACGAGGUGCUGCUGCGGAUGGUCCUGAACCACGGCUACGACGCCAAGCGCUGCUUCGACUGUCCGUACGCCGCCGGCUCGCACGACGACGCCCCCUGGGCGACCUCCGCCACCAAGGACACGGUGUUCUGCGAGGUGAUCACGGUGUCCUGGCUGAAGCACCUGUCGGCUCAGGUGGUGCGCAUCAUGCUGGACUACACCGACCACGUGACCUUCUGCACCAAACUCAGGGACACCUUGGAGGAGCAGACGCAGUGGCCGGAGAUCUGUCGCCUUCAGAGAAACGCACGGGACCUGAAGCACCUGUGUCGGCUGCGGAUCAGGGAGCACCUGAGCCGCCUGCGCUUGAGGGGCCCGGUGUUCAUCAACUUCCUUCCACUUCCUCCGAGGCUGAAGGAUUUCCUUCGCUACAAGGAGUUUGAUGUGUACGGCCGGGGCAGCAUCGAUAGCCCACGCUGAGAAAAACACGUGUGUGCAGCUGUCACAGAUACCACAUGUGCCACAGAGACCGGCAGGAUUCAAGGUGUUUAACAUUAUUUUAGAUUAUUAAAAUGAUAUACAAAUAUAAUUAGUAUUAUUGUUAUUAAUAUUAAUUACAUUGUUUAAAUUUGUAUUAUUACAAUAUUUUUUAAACAUUAUUUAAAAUUAUUAAAAUUAUAUAAAAAUGUAA